GAGAAUUUUGAAUGAUUUUCUUGGGAAGACAACAUAUGCAACAACUAAUGAUGAGGUAUUGAUAAUUGAAACAAGACACUUGACAACUUAAAUUUUAUGCAUGUCAGUAAUUAAAUAAUAAAGGAGUGUGUCUACUACAUUUUCAUACAUCUAAAUAUCCUAUAUUUCUUUUUUAAAACAGCCAGAUACACCUUGUAAAGAAAGUGAUGAGCUUCAGAAAUGCAUGGCUGCACUGAAGAAGAAAGAUGAAGAAGUAAAGGAACUCAGGAGUCUUUUGAAAGCUACCCAGGAGGAAUUAGAAAUGCUUAAAUCUGAAAGUCUUAAUGGAAAUGGUAACUGGAAAACUCAGUCUGAUGGUAGACCACGAGCAGGACUUGUUCCUAAAGAAAUUGCAAGCAUUCACGGUAUGAUGGAGCUGAUGCCUCACACUGGAGUGUUCGUCUACCCUCGAGAUAUCAGAUCAACCAGCAAAAAGCCAAGUGGGACAGCAAUGGCGCGGCAUCUGAUGUCAGUAUUUUAUACCAAUAAGGAAUUGAUUGACCGGGGAAAUGUCAUGGGUGUGAAUGGAAAAGAAGGACUCAACAAGGAGAUUGUGAAGGCCAUUAUAGACUAUGUGGUGAUAAAAGGAAAAGACAGCGAGUCGUGUGUGAAGCUAGCCAUGAGGUCAAAGAUUACUGGACUGGUAGCCUUUGAAAAGAAGAAACUGAACCAAAGCCUGCGGACUGACAUUGAGGACUGAGGGAGUGUCACAGUGUGAUGUUAAGAAAAACUGUUAUUUAAUUGACAAUUAUUUUGUGUAUCUGUGAUAAUACCUAAAGUGAAACAAAGGCCCCAUAAUUUAUGUAUGAGGCAUGAGGCCACUCAACAUUGUAUUAUGAAUUACAUAUUCAGAAUAGUAGCUUAUUUCAUCUAUUAAAAGUAUAGAUAAAUUAAUAACUUAUUUAUGCAUACCGGUAUAUAACAUAAUAGUAGCUACUAUCACCACUGUACAUAGGUAACAUAUAUGUGUAAUAGUAGCUAGUAUCACCUGUGUUAAUCUUUUGUGUACAUUAUUUACUGUUCUUAGUACGAAAGAAAUAUACAUGUACUAGUAUACUAAAUAGUAGCUACUCUUUUUAUGUGUUAGAGAGAUUAUUUAUAAUUGAUUUAAUAUAUAUAUAUGUUGUUUAAAACAUGUUUAUGUCAGUAAAUUUAUCAAAAAGGUUCCUUUUUCAAUGCCUUGGUGUACCUAUUUUGUGCUUUUUCUGCAUGUAAAGUAAGUCUAUUUGUGUACCUAAAAUGUACCUAAUAUGUAUCUAAAGUAUACCUACUUUUUAUAAAAAUGUGCCUAACAUGUACUUUAAGUAUACCUAAAUUGUGCUGUCAUCUUUAAGUAAAGAUAUGCCUUAAGCAUGCUUUUGACUGUGCCUAAAAUGAACCUAUUUGGUGCCAAAUGUAUGCCUAUAAUGAAAUUGUACAGAUGUGCCUAAAGUAUGCCUAUAAUAGUACCUCAAGUAUGCCUAUGAUAAGAUUGUCUUGUGUACAGACGUGCCUAAAGUAUGCCUAUAAUAGUACCUCAAGUAUGCCUAUGAUAAGAUUGUCUUGUGUACAGACGUGCCUAAAGUAUGCCUAUAAUAGUACAUCAAGUAUGCCUAUGAUAAGAUUGUCUUGUGUACAGACGUGCCUAAAGUAUGCCUAUAAUAGUACAUCAAUAUGUGUGUAAUUGCUAGGCACAUAUUAGUCAUGCUUACUUGUUAGACAUACCUUCAUCAUGCUUUUUAUGUACUUUUUAUAUGCCUUUAUUUUUUUCUAAAAGAAAUAAAUUUUUAAAAAGCAUGCCUAUGUUGUACUUAUUUUGGGAAUAAGUACAAAAUUGGCAUGCCUAGAAUGUGCAAAUUUGGAACCAUGCCUAAUAAAUGGUUCCAAACUUGCAUACUUUAGUUAUGCUUUUUUUGUACCUAAAUUUUUAGACAAAAAGUAUGCCAGUAAUGUAC